AUGCCGCUGGGAUUUGGCCAUCACGCUGAUCGCGACGAUGAAAUGGUGAUGGACCGCCGAUCGGAAAGCGCGGGUUCAUCCUCGCUUUCUUCCCCACAAAGUUCGCCUGCCGCGGCCAACAACAACAACAACCACACUUCAGCCUCAAAGCAGUACAAGAAUGGCAAUCACAGCAAUGACACCAUCCAAGUAUUGCAAAGAAAUCCUUUUGCGACGGGAAGCCCUGCAUCGGCGUACUCAUCUGCCACGGGAGUUUUCCCUAGUUCAUAUGCCGACCCCAAUGCUCUCCGGGUGAAUGACAUGCAUGGAGCAGAUGCACCUCCAAAACAGCGGCGACCUCGUAAGUCGAGAGAGCCCAAGGAUGCCGCCUCUGGCAAGACUGCUGGCGUCACGGCGACCGCGAGCGAGACGAUCAAAGAGAAGAAACCGCGCAAGUCGCGUGAACCCAAGGUGAAAUCCGAGAACCCCACGACUGCAGCCAUUCCCAAUCCUCGCAAGAAGCCGCGUACACUCGCGAAUGUUGAUGAUCGUCCUGCACGGGCGACUCCUGACAUCGCUGCCGCCAAGCCUGCUGUCUCUACCCCUCCGGCGACAUCACACGGGAUACGUCAAUCGACCAUCACGGAAAUGGUCAACAACUAUCAGCCGUCUUCUUCAUCCCACGCGGGCGCAACAAAUUCAGCACACGCCUCACCACGUACCUCAAGUCAUCAAUCUACCCUUUCGCAUCCUUUGUUCCAGCGACAACCUCCGCCGCCACAGUCUACUACAUCUGCUACAGAGGCUCUUCCAACACGUCACUCGCUGGCUCCUCCAGUCACUGCUUCACCCCCGCCUCGACCGAUCUCUAGUGGACAACGGCAUCACCACAGUUGA